UUUCAAAUACAAAUAAAAUAAAAACAAGUCAUCGCUGAUAUUCAUUUCUGAGCGAAAAGGAAUGGCUGCACAUUCAUUCUUCUCCACAUACAUCUCUUCUACUACUCUCUCUCCUCGUUUCCCCACCCCCAGUCGCCCCACACUCUCAGUCUCCAGAACCUUCGCUCAUCGCAACCUCCAUACGGCUUGCAUCGUCGCCUCACUCCGGCCAUCCGCUCACCGUAACCACUCGACGGCGCCUGAAUCCGCCAUCAACAAGUUUCUAGACUCGUUCGUCGUGUUAAUCACGUCCGUAGCCCUAUCCGUCUCUGUGUUUGUCACCGAUGUCGAUUCCGCUGCUGCGUUUGUUGUCACUCCGUCUCGGAAGCUGCAGACGGAUGAGCUCGCUACCGUUCGUCUGUUUCAGGAGAAUACACCUUCGGUUGUAUAUAUAACCAACUUAGCUGCUAGGCAGGAUGCGUUUACUUUGGAUGUGUUGGAGGUGCCGCAGGGGUCGGGAUCAGGAUUUGUUUGGGAUAAGCAAGGACAUGUUGUCACGAAUUAUCAUGUUAUUCGAGGUGCGUCUGAUCUCAGGGUAACUCUCGCUGAUCAGACCACAUAUGAUGCAAAAGUUGUUGGGUUUGAUCAAGAUAAAGAUGUUGCAGUACUGCGUAUCGAUGCACCGAAAGAUAAAUUGAGACCAAUACCAGUCGGUGUGUCUGCAGACUUGCUUGUUGGGCAAAAAGUUUUUGCUAUUGGAAAUCCUUUUGGGCUUGAUCACACUCUAACGACUGGUGUCAUCAGUGGGCUAAGGAGAGAAAUAAGCUCUGCUGCAACUGGCCGCCCGAUUCAAGACGUUAUCCAAACGGAUGCUGCAAUCAACCCUGGAAAUAGCGGAGGGCCACUUCUCGAUAGCUCAGGAAACCUUAUCGGGAUAAACACAGCUAUAUACUCUCCAUCUGGUGCAUCAUCGGGUGUUGGAUUUUCCAUUCCAGUUGACACAGUCGGUGGAAUCGUUGACCAAUUGGUGCAAUUUGGAAAAGUUACCAGACCUAUUUUAGGAAUUAAGUUUGCACCCGAUCAGUCGGUGGAGCAACUCGGAGUCAGUGGAGUACUUGUCUUAGAUGCUCCUCCAAAUGGCCCUGCGGGAAAAGCGGGUCUUCAAUCAACGAAACGUGAUACCUACGGAAGGCUCAUACUGGGUGACAUUAUUACUUCUGUAAAUGGAAAAAAGGUUGCUAAUGGAAGUGAUUUGUACAGAAUUCUUGACCAAUGUAAAGUGGGUGAAACAGUUACUGUGGAGGUGCUGCGUGGUGACCAUGUAGAGAAGAUUCCUGUGGUGCUUGAGCCGAAGCCUGAUGAAUCAUGAUUCUUGAAAAUGUGAGGUCAGCUUGUAAACUUGUGGAAUUUGUUACGAGAAAUAUCUCACUGUAUUAUUUGACGCAUUGUUUCCUAAUAGGGAUCUUGUAAAUAGUCUGCACGCCUCUAUGAAUUUGAAAUUAUAUAGUUGUAAUUCAAUGCGAAUGUUGUUAUAGUUUACCUUACCUUGUUACUGACAUGUGUUGCUUUUAACUUUACCUUGAA